GAACAGAAAAUUCUUAAGUUGCAAUUAUUUUUAUAGAAAAUUUCAGGUUUUUCAACGAUAAUGGCUAGAGCUAGUUUUUUAUUUAACAUUAUUGUAACGCGCCUAGAGCUGAGUAAGCAUGAAAUCGAUGAGCCACAAAAUCUAUUGGUGAAUGUGGACUUUAACAAGACUCAGAUUAAAGUCACAUCGAGCCGCAUCAACGUGGACCAGUUCGAUGUAUUGAAAGGCAUCAAUUGCCAAACAGAUCCAGCAGUAUUACGUGACUAUCUGGAAGCAAACGGUCUGACCAUAAUCGUGCGCUACAACGGUGUGGUCCUUGGAAAAGGAUGCGUCCCCUUCCUCGAAAGUUUCAUUAACCAGAUUGACUAUGAGAUGGACUAUUUGACCUAUGCAGGCACAUGCAACCUCUUUGGGCAGCACAGCCUGGUGGGCUCUAUCGAUGUGAUGUGUUUGCUGACCAUCAAAUGCGAGAGUCAAGAUGAUUUCGUAGGACCAUGCAAAGACGCCUGCGGGAACAUUGCCAGGAAGGACAUCAUGAUAUUGAUGCGCAAUCGAGAUGCCGACGCAGUAGCAGACAAAUCAUAUAUGACGGAGCCGGAAGAGCAGGAAAACGACACACAAUUAGGGCUGGAUCUCAGCCGAUAUCGCAGCAUUAAUCAGCGUAUGAGCCAGUCAUCUGAGGACUCAAGCGGAACAGAGGCGUGCUGCCUGCUUAGGGCCAUGGCCACGGAGUACGCACAAAUCAUCGACUCGGUUCUAGAGAAAAUUACAGAGUUAUCUUCGUCGUCGCCAGAUAUAAGUUGUCAAGACGUAGAUGACGAGGAUCUACAAUAUAUUAAUUCCGAACUCACGGAUUGCCUUAUACCAUCUACCGGUGCUGAUGCGGGCGAGUCGGAUAUUAAGCCAAUACGCUACUGUCCCAUUUGCUGUAACUCUGUGUCGUGGAUGCCCAAAUACGCUCACUGUCCGCGUUGCUGGACCAAGCCCGUGCCACUGGUCGAGAUCGAGCCGGAGGGAUUGCCCACAGCUGACCAAAUCAUAAAGUCCUAUGUCGAGGAGCCUGAGGAAGCUGCCAUGAAGAAGCUGUCUGCCAUGACAGCAGAAGAGCCUGCCGAGGCAGUCUGUAAGCCUCCAGAGAAGAAAGCGACAAACAGGCACCGUGACCGUUGCCGCUGCAAGAGACGCAAGAUCUGCUCCCACUGUCGCGUUCGCAAAAUGUGCGCGGAGCUAAUCUCAUCAACAGACCAGACAGCUCCGCCAAAGACAGAUGAAGAAGACGUGCAGUCCAUCAAUAAUCGUCCGCAACUGAGAAAUGUAUUAAUGGAGCUCAAUUAUCUCUACCAUCAAAGGGACAACAAAGUGCAAAAGUCUCGCACGAAGUCCCAACUCUGUGGGGGCCAAAACACCAAAUCAUUGUAAUAUAUCGUAUUUUGUGCAAAUAUAUGUAUCUUAAUUUAUAUCAAUAGAA